AUGACAGUUGACUUUCUAUCAUGUGGAACAUGUUUUGUUACUUUUCGCCUUUCUGAUAUUAAUAUGUUUAUUGAGCAUAAAAAAGCAAGUUGUUGUUUCUUGAGAUCACCGUUUACUUCAAAUUUAGAAAAUAACAAAUGUUCUUCAUUGUUACCAUCAUUAACAUCAUCAUCAUUAGAAACACCCUCAUCAUCAUCAUCAUCAACAACAUCGUCGUUUUCAUCUUCACCUCCAUUGAUGACAUUAUCAUGUUCAAAUGUUAUGGACAAUAUUAAUAAUAAUAAUAAUAAUGAUAAUAAUCAUAAUACUUUAUUAGAAUCACAAAAUAGUAAUACUAUCUUUUUAAAAUGUGUUCAAUGCUCUCGUAAAUUCACAACUCCAUGGACAUUUUUAAUGCAUGUUCAAGUUGAACAUCAAUUAAUAUUUAUUGAUACAAUUGGAAAAUUUUCUAAAACAUAUGAACAACAAUUAAAAAAUACAUUCACAUCAAAUGUUGAAGAAUUAUUGAAUGAAACUAAUGUUAAUAACAAUGAUUUUAAUGUUGAUGUUGAUGAUAAUGAUGAGGAUGAUGAUGAUGAUGAUCAGUGUGAAAAUGGUGUACUGCAUACAAUUGAUAAAUUACUCUCAGAAAAAGUGAACAAUUCCGAUUCUGAUACAACAAUUACUUCUCCUGUUACAAAUGAUGAUAAUAAAUGUAUUAGUCCUAAUAAUAAUAAUGAUAAUAAUAAUAAUAAUACAAAUAGUACUACUGUUACACCUACUAUUACAAGUAACACUGCUCAUACCGAUAACAGUAGUAGUACUAGUAUUAAUAAUAACAGUCAUAAUGCAUCAACACAAACUUAUCUAACUGGAAUUAAACAACACAGUAUACCUCAUAGAAAACGUAAAUAUGUUAGUUGUUGUAUAGGUGAAUCAACAGUGACUUGUAAUAGACUUAACAAUAUAAAAACUUGUUCAAACGUGAAAAGUUGUAAUCUUACACUUUCAUCGUGUUGUAAUAAUUUAUCGACUGGAAUAUGUCCAUAUAAUUUUAAUAGCAAUAAUAAUAAUAAUAAUGAUAACAGUGAUAAUAGUAAUAAUAACAAUAAUGAUAAUAAUAGUAAUGGCAGUUCUAUGAAUUCUGAUAUAUUUGUCAGUGAUUAUUGUUGUACUACAGGAUCAAUUAUUUGUAAACCGACAACAUGUUCAAAUUUAUUAAAUACAAAUGAAAUAAUUACACAAGAUACAUCAAGAUGUACUGCAUCUACGGCAAUUGUUAGUUGUUGUAUGCGUAAACUUGUUUGUUGUACAUCAACACCGGUAACAUUACCAAUAUGUUGUGAUCGAUCAAUGCAAAAUGAAAUCAAUAAUAAUAAUAAUUUUAUUAUUCAAGAAACAAAAACUACCAAUACUGCUCGAAUUACAUGUUGUCCUUGUUCACCGAAAAGAUCAAUAAUUAGUCAAUCAUCUGAAGUACAAACUGAUUUCGAUCCAGAAUUCAGUUAUUCUGAUUAUGCUGAUUUAGCAACGUUAUUAAAUGCAGCUACACCGACAACAAUUACAAGUCCAUUAAAUUCAAUAUUAUCACCACAAUUACCAUUAUUAUCAGAUAUCAUUAUACAACAAUCAUUAUCACCUCCAACAUCACCACAACAACAAAAUAAUGAUAAUGAUGAAUAUUGUCAAAAUAUUGAAUUACAUUUAAAAAAUGACAUAAUUAAUAAACCUUAUAUUAAUGUUGUAAAUAAUAAUAGUAAUUUUAAAAUAAAUGAUAAUUAUUUAUCAUCACAAAUUGAUCAUAUCAAUAAUACAAAUACAGAUAUCAAUAAUGAUAAUUCAAUUAUAUUGAAUAAUUCCUCCUCAUCAUCAUCAUCAUUGUCAACAAUAACGACAACAAAUGUUGACAUAGAUGUAACAAUGAAAUCGAUGCCUGUUUCAUCUGGAAAUACUGUAAUUACAUCGAAUGUUAAUAAUAAUAAUGAUAACAUGAUCACAUCCACUGCUAAUGUUAUCUUUCAAAUGCCAACAAUAAUGCAUACAAAUUUGAUUGCUUGUCCUAAUAUUGAUAAUAAAAGUAAUAAUAAUAAUAAUAAUAAUGUCAAUAAGUAUUACUGUGAUUCAAUUCCACCAAGACGUUAUAUCUGUCGUGAUUGUGGUACAUCAUUUCGUCAAAAUGUUCAUUUACGUAAACAUAUUAUGAUACAACAUACUAAAGUAAAACCAUUCAGUUGUCCUUAUUGUCAAUAUACAACUGUUGAAAAAAGUCAUCUUACUGUACAUAUACGUACUCAUACAGGUGAAAGACCAUUUAGUUGUCGUGAAUGUAAUUAUUCAUCCGCUCAAAAUUGUACAUUAAAAUCACAUUAUUUACGUAAACAUCCAACUAAUUUAAUUAAAUGUAAUUAUUGUUCUGAAUUAUUUUUUACUGAAUUAGAAUUAACUAAACAUCUACGUGGAUGUAGUUUAUCAUUUCGUCAACAGUAA